AUGACAUCAUCAAUGUCAUCAGUUGUUCACUAUCAUUUAUUAACUAAUGAUAUUGACAACAAGGAAAUUCUUGAACACAAAGAUGAAAUAGAAAAUAAUAAAUAUACAUUACUUUCAUCAUCAGCUCCAACAAUUAUUAUUACUAAUGAUUUCAAUAAUAAAACAAACAGUGUACUGCAGCUAAAUGCUAGUCCAUUUUUAUCCACAGCUGCUGCUCCAGCAGUACAUAAAGAUAAUUGGCAACAGAGACGUUAUAAUUUUCUUAGUAAAUAUAGUAUGUUUGGUGGAGAAUUAAAAGACGAAGUUGCCGAUCAAAUUGGUGUUAAUGAACAGGGUACUGAUGUUGAGCAAAGACCGAUUAUUCCAACAACACAAGUUAUUACGUUUGAUAGUAUGGAUUCUGAAGGUUCAAGUGCGAAACGUGAAUCAGUAUUGGGUAUGACUGUUAGUGGUGUUCAUAAUUUAUUUACUGUAAGUUUAAUAACAACCGAACCGAUUUGCAUUGAUAAACAUGAUCAUACAGAUGCAUAUCCUUGUACUCAAUAUAUACCAAUAGAUAAUGAUCAUGUUCCAACUCCAGUUAUUGUUACAUCCCGAACUAAUACUUCUACUAAUCAACAAAUAUUACAAAAUAUUGUUAAAAAACGUCCAUUUAAUGUUAUUUUUUCUCGUUUUUCACGUUCAAAUAGUCAAUCAAUAAAACAAAAACAAAAAAAAUUAGUAGAUAUUCAUGAAUCUUAUCGUUCACAUCGUCCUUAUUUUACAUAUUAG